CCGAAGGGCACCCCAUCUCCCAGCAGAGCCCGGGGCAGCCUGCGGCUCCGGGAGCCGGGGUCGGGAUCGCCUCCUUAACAAAACGUGCCCGGCCCGCAGCGGAAGGGGAAGAGGCUCCCUGCCCUCCUCUUCCUCCCCGCGCCGGCGAUGGUGCGGCCGGGCAGAAACUCCAUAAGGCGCAGAAGUCUCUGGGGGCUCAGCCCAGACGCCGGGCUGCUCCCCUGCCCUCGGCCGGCAGCGGGGACAGCGCGCAAGCUGCGAGCGAGCCGCGUGGCCCUUCCCGACCCGAAGGAUCUCACUAACCCGUCUUGGCGGUGGGCAAAACGCCUGGGGAGCCAAGAGGCAGGAAUUAAGGGCUCCGGGAAUAAGUGCCCGCUGGCCGGCCCGGGCCCGAGCGCCCCGGGCUGCCCCGAGCAGCUCGCUGCUGCGCGCGCGCCUCGGUUGCACCCCGCGCACGAGGGAGCGGCGGGACCCCAGGGCUGGGGGCAACCGUCCCCGCCAAGGCUGGGAGAGGGACGGAGGGAGGCGGGAGGGCCUGUGCCCGCGGGACACUGUCCCCCCCCGUGUCCCCAGUGUCCCCAGUGUCCCCCUGCAUGCUGCUGCCAUCUGCUGGCAUGACCCCAUCCUGCUCCGGUCCUGAGUCCUGAUGCUGUGUGCUGGGAGCGGGCGAACGAGAGAAACCCGAGGAAAAGGAGGGCUGCGCUGCACCCUCUAGGAAGGAUCCGUCUCCGGCCCGUGUCCCUCUCUGUUUUUAGGUGUUUGCUUUCGUUCCCCGGGCGGAGGAGCGGGGCCGGGGAGCGUCGCCCCGCGCCGGCGCUGCGGGCGCGUGCCUGCCCCAGCGCCGCGGGGCCAGGUCAGCGGCAUCCGAGCUGCGCUGGCGGCCGCAGGGAUGGAGAUGCUGCUCCGCUGCGGGGGCUAGGGGGGGGUCUCCAGGCUCCGGUUGUCUCCUGUGCAGCCAAGGAAACUCGCCCGACACGGAAAUCUUCCCCGCUGCAAUCCCUGAGCCCCGCCGGGGCAGCAGGAGCCGCCGAGAGUCGCUGAGCCCCGGCCUCGUCGUGCCGCGGGUGCGCGUGCCGAGCCCGGUCCCACGGCCUCGCCUGCCCUCCGUCCUCCUCCCGGGCUCGGCUCCACUUCCCGAGGGGCUUCCUGGGGACAGGCAGGUCCCUGGGACUCAGCGACGGUCCCGGGGUGGGUGUUACGGGGCAUUCGCUUCUCCAACGCACGUUAAAUAGGGUCACGAUGAGGGGCGAACGCCAGCAGCUCAUCCCUUCUGCGGGGCGGACGGCGGCGGCGGCCUCUUCCUCCUCCUCCUCCUCCUCAUUGCCUGAGUCCCUUUCGGCGGCGUUGACCCACAGCCGUCCCGGGUUUCAUUCCUCGCAGCAAAGCACGGCAACGUCCGCCGCAUUUUUCCUCCGGAGCCCCGGCCCCGGCGUGCGCGCGAGGUUGCAACCUCGGCACCCGGCGCCUGCGAGAGCCGGCGGAGCCGCGGCCGCCCCCGGCGGGUCUCGCCACCCCGAGCAGCAGGAAGCCCAGCGCCCGCCGGCCCCCGGGGCGGCCCGCGGCCCGCCGCCCCGCCAUGGAGUCGGUGGCUCUGUACAGCUUCCAGGCGACGGAGAAGGACGAGCUGCCCUUCCGCAAAGGGGACACCCUGAAGAUCCUCAACAUGGAAGAUGACCAGAACUGGUACAAGGCCGAGCUGUACGGCUGCGAAGGCUUCGUCCCCAAGAACUACAUCAAGGUCAAGCCUCACCCGUGGUACGCGGGCAGGAUCUCCCGGCACUUGGCGGAGGAGCUGCUCCUCAAGCGCAAGCACCUGGGAGCCUUCCUCAUCCGCGAGAGCGAGAGCGCCCCGGGCGAGUUCUCCAUCUCCGUCAACUACGGGAGGCACGUCCAGCACUUCAAGGUGCUCAGGGAGCAGAACGGCAAAUAUUUCCUCUGGGAGGAAAAGUUCAACUCCCUCAACGAGCUGGUGGAUUUCUACCGCACCACCACCAUCGCCAAAAAGCAGCAGAUCUUCCUCCAAGACGACGACCAGCGCCCGGAGGCGAGACGGCCCCGGUUCGUGCAAGCCCGGUUCGACUUCGCCCCCCGCGACGGCUCCCAGCUGCCCUUCCUCCGCGGGGACGUCAUCGAGGUGCUGGACUGCCCCGACCCCAACUGGUGGCGAGGGAAGAUUUACGGGCGCGUCGGCCUCUUCCCCCGCAACUACGUCCACCCCGUUCAAAAGUGAGCCGCCGCCGCCGCCGCGACCCGCUCUGCCACCCCCCCGCCCCACCCCGGGCCGUGGCUCCUCCGCAGCCUCGUUAGGCAACGCUAAUUGGCGCCCGCCGCGGAGAGCCGCGUCCGACCGGGCGGCGGGUUCCCGGGCUCCGGGCCGGCGGGGAAGGCCGGGCGCGGAGGAGCUCAGUCCCGCGGGUGCCCGUUGUAGCUGCAAAUCGUGGCGUUUUCUCCUUCUUUUUUCUUUUUUAAUUCCGAGCUAAUAAAGCGCGUUUGGACCAAA